CCACCAAUCGGCGGCGGCCAUUUUGCAGACGGUCGCCCACGAGCCAGAGGCGAGCGCAGCGUCGGAGCCGCGAGCCUCCGACAUCCCGCAGCUGGACGCCGUGUCGGAAGGUGACGUGACGCUGUCGCCGGGCCGGCCGGCGCCGGCCGUCGACGGCGACUCCACCUGCGCCAACCACAGCCGCAUGACGUCGGCCACCUCGGCGCCGCCGCCCGACUACGAGAACGUCAUCGCCGUCAACGUGCACCGGGCAGACCUGGGCGUGCGUGCCUGGCGCGCCUACUCGGACGUGGGCGACAGCGCGCACAACUACAGCGUCGUCACCGAGCGCGCCGGCCGCCUGGACGACUCGGCGACGGAGCCGGCCGACCAGGAGGGCCCGGCCGGCGGCCGUCACACGUACGAGAACACCGACAACGUGGCGCUGAUGAUCGCGCACCUGGAGGACGCGCCGCCGGCGCCGCCCGUGCCCGAGGCGAGCCCCCAGGCGGCUGGGCCGACGCGCGACUCCAGCCUGCUCGUGGCCACGAUCGACGCCGUCGAGCGCUCGGGCGUGUCGGCGCUGUUCAGUUCGCCGCCGCGUCGCCAGGCGUCGCGGCGGUCGCGCUCGACGGAUGAUCUGAGCGGCGAGGGCGGCGGCCGGCGGCGGCUCAACACCAGCCUGGACCCAGCCGUGCUGGUGGCGCCACCCGACGGCGGCGCCGCAGACUACGAGUCCCCGCGCUCGCCGCCAGUGGCCAUUUACGCGCGGCCGGGUGGCAGGGUCUCGGCGCAGAGCUCGUACGUGAAUCUGAGGGAGUGCUUCCGUAUGAUGCCGGGGUCUCGGCUCGGAGCUCGUGCGUGA